UACAUUAACGCGUUGCCCAACACAAAUGUCCGAAUCUGCCAUCCCAACAUCGUCGUUUUAGCCACCUUUGCCUAUAUAUAAACAUGUCAAAACAUCCUUUGCAGCUCACCCAUCUUCCCCCAUUUUCUUCUUCUUCUUCGUCCAUCUCAAUCUCGCUCUUCCUCUCUGCAAGUAUCACAUUCAGUCUUUGCCUGCUCGGGGAAUAAUAUCGAAGACAGAGCUUGAAGUUCUUGAUUCGCCGAUCUUCUUUCUUCAUCAUGGGAAACCACGUCUCUUGCAAGCUAUCAAAUCCAUUAUUACUCAAGAACUCGAAAUCAACAAAAGUGAUCUUCCCAUCAGGUGAAAUCCGGCAUAUCCACCAACCCACCAAAGCCGCUGAACUCAUGAUGGAGACACCAAACUUCUUCAUCGUUAACUCCAAGUCCCUGAAAAUUGGCCGUAGACUUUGCGUUCUCAAUGCAGACGAUGACCUUCAAAAGGCAAAUGUGUACGUUAUGUUUCCAAUGAAUAGAAAGAACUCUGUGGUUACAGCAAGUGACCUGGGUGCUCUGUUCAUGAAGGCCAACUCUGCAGUGAAGCGAGUUUCUGCCGGGAAAGUUAGGGUCCGACCAGAUACUACGGAGGACGCAGUGGCGGUGCCUAGGCUGAGCUUGGAAGGUAUAGAAGAAGUUUCAACGCCGGAGUUUAGGCAUCGGAUGUCCAUGUCAAGGUCAAGGAAGCCAUUGUUGGAGACCAUAGAUGAAGAACCAGUUCGCUCAAGAUAGCUGGCAUGGCUUCUUCUAUGGUUUCUCGGGUUCUGGUUUUGUUUGAGGAUCAAAGAGAAAUUAUGUUUCAGUGAAGAAAAAUCUAUAAUUUGUAAAAACAUGAAAGAAAAAAAAAAAGAACAUAUGAAAUUUGUCUAUACGAUUAUUUUCUCA